AAGCUCAAGUCCCUGACUCCUCCUCUUCCUCCUCCUCCUCCUCCUCCUCGUCCACCACCACCUCCGUCGUCGAGAGCUCAGCGAAUCCGCGAAAAUGGAAGGCGAAGAGGGAUCUCAGCAGCCUCACCUCGUGCUCGCUCACAAACUCUUCCUUCUGAAGCAUCCCAACGUCCCAGACAUCGAGAAGGUCCGCCUCAAGGACGAGGUCCUCGUUUCCAUCAAAUCCGACGAUAUGGUUUCGCUGUGGGAAACCCUAGCGGCGGAGUCCCUUCUGGAGAUGGAUCAGGGGCUAUUGGACUCCACGCGCGCGCGCGUCGACGAGGAGCUCAAGAAGCUCGACGAGAAGAUAACUGAUGCUGAAGAGAACUUGGGUGAAAGUGAAGUUAGAGAAGCUCACUUGGCCAAAUCCUUGUAUUUCAUUCGUAUAGGUGACAAGGAAAAAGCAUUGGAACAGCUCAAGGUAACAGAAAGUAAAACAGUGGCUGUUGGGCAGAAGAUGGACUUGGUCUUCUAUACGCUCCAACUGGGUUUCUUCUACAUGGAUUUUGAUCUCAUUUCCAAAAGCAUUGAUAAAGCAAAGAACUUGUUUGAAGAGGGAGGUGAUUGGGAAAGGAAAAACCGUUUGAAGGUGUAUGAAGGAUUAUACUGCAUGUCGACUCGAAAUUUCAAGCAGGCUGCGAGUUUAUUCCUGGAUUCCAUCUCAACCUUCACAACUUACGAACUGUUCCCUUAUGACACCUUUGUCUUCUACACUGUUCUUACCAGCAUCAUCUCACUGGAUAGAGUUUCCUUGAAGCAGAAGGUUGUGGAUACUCCGGAGAUCUUGACGGUGAUUGGAAAAGUACCCCAUUUGUCAGAAUUUUUGAACGCUCUGUAUGAUUGUCAAUACAAAUCUUUCUUUUCCGCUUUUGCUGGUCUGACUGAGCAAAUAAGAUUGGAUCGCUAUCUGCACCCUCACUUCCGGUAUUACAUGAGGGAGAUCAGAACUGUUGUGUACUCCCAGUUCCUCGAAUCUUAUAAGAGUGUUACAGUUGAAGCUAUGGCAAGAGCUUUUGGAGUAACGGUUGAUUUCAUUGAUGCAGAAUUAUCCCGCUUUAUUGCUGCUGGAAAGCUUCAUUGCAAGAUAGACAAAGUUGCCGGUGUCCUGGAAACUAACAGACCAGAUGCAAAGAAUGCCCUUUACCAAGCAACCAUAAAGCAAGGGGACUUCUUAUUAAAUAGGAUUCAGAAGCUUUCUCGUGUUAUUGAUCUGUAAAGGAGAGUUUCAGGAUUGUUUGUCUGCUCCCGUUGCCGAGGGGCAACGCGUCACGCUGAGUUGAUCAGCUAUUGUCUUGUUUUGUUAUGAUUGCCCGCUUAUCUUAUGCUGCAUAAGACUCUACCGAACAGCCAGCCAGUGGUCUUGGUCUUCCCCCCAGUUUUUAACAUCCUACUUUUACGGAAUGUUUUGGACGUGAAGGAAAAAGUAAUAUUCUGCUGGGCAUGUUGAGUAAGAAUUUUUACCUUAAGUUAGAAGCCACUUCGUUUUAAUUUGCCACGUUGAUAUGACAUGAUUUGCCAAGAAGAGUGGAAACCCCUCUGGCGCUUGCGGUGGUGUAGCAUCUCCAAGAGAAGAAGAGGGACGCAUGGACGUGAGAACAUACCAUCCGUCGGGGAAGUGAAAAUGAGGCUUGGUUCUGAAC